UCAUAUAGUGAGGGGUAAAUUAUAUUCUGUAAAUUUAUUCCGAGCAGAACAGUUUGGUGUAGGUUAUUCUACGUACUUUACUUCUCUGUUUCCAAAACUUCAUUCAAAUAUUCUUAAAUUAGCAUAACAAUGUCAUUUAGAGUUCUACACCUGCUGACAAUGCGAUGUUAUGCGCACUGGACUUCAUUGACGUCAAAGUAGUUCGGAGGAGGAAGAUAGACAGUGUGCGGUUUACACAGUGAUGUUUGUAGUAAAUAUAAGGUAUUGAUAAUGAGAGAAGAACUGUUCAGAUGUUGUAAACAAGGAAAUGCAACGCGAGUGAAGUACUUACUAGAAAACACUGACAUCGAUCCAAAUGUUAGAGACGAAUGGGAUAGUACUCCGUUAUAUUAUGCUUGUCUCUGUGGUCACAGUCAGGUGGUUGACUUGUUGCUAAUGAAUGGUGCUCAUUGUGAUGCCAAUACUUUUGAUGGAGAGCGUUGUGUUUAUGCAGCACUUACUGACGAAAUAUCGGAAAAGCUACGAAGUUACAGAGUUCUGUCCAGUCGUACGAUGCGACGUGAUUAUUAUGACGAAUUCUUGCGCCGCCUUUUGCAGUGUAGUGAAUACAGCGAUGUAACAUUUGUUGUUCACGACGAAGAGUUUCAUUUGCACAAAUGUAUACUUUCCUCAAGAUCAGCAUACUUUUGCGACAAGUUUAGAGCCAAAUGGCAAGAUAGACAAGUUGUGACUAUUAAGAACAGUUUAGUAAAGUCGAACGCUUUUAGAGCACUGAUACAAUACUUGUACACAGGACGUUUAGAAACCCACCUGGACUCUGUGGAUGAUUGUAUUCUUCUGAGUUCCAAUUGCAAGCUGUUUGUCCUGGAAGAAGAGUUGAAGAAAGCACUUAAAAAAGUUACUUCUUCUGAAUAUGUCAAACCAGGUAUGCAUGUCAAAGUUAUUGUGUUAGAAUCGUCUGAGCUUACCGGUCAACUUCAAGAAGACUUUGGAAGAAUGGCUGAUGACGUUGUAAGCUGUUAUGAACCGCAAAACUUUGCUGAUUUGUGUUUAUACGUUGACGGGCGUUCAUUUUAUUGUCAUAAAUUGUUUGUUUGUGGCCGGAGUGAAUAUUUUAGCACCUUAGUGAGAAAGGAUCAUUUCAAUGAAGUGAAUAUUGAUACCGAGUUUGAUGUUCCAGUGAUAAGAAUUAAUGGAGUGCCUGUGGAAGUCCUUGCAGCAGUAUUGUAUUAUAUAUAUACCAAUGCUGUCAAUGUUCCUCCUGACCUUUUAUUGGAUCUUCUACAUGCUGCUGACAUGUAUUUGUUACCAGGUCUAAAAAAGUCUUGUGCAGCAUUGUUGGGUCAGUAUUUGAACACAGAAUGUGUGAUGGCAUACUUACACACAGCACGUUUGCUUGGCUUACCACAACUUGAAGACCAGUGUGCAAAAUUCAUUGCACAGAACAUUUACACAAUGCGGAAUAAUAAAUCAUUACAUCAGAUGAUUUUACAAGAUGCAAUGGAUAUUCAACAUCGACAAGAGACGGACAGUAUUUCUAUUGUUGAUGACAUCAGGUACCAUAUCACCUCACACAUUGCCAGUAUCAGUGAAACAAUUGAAGCAAAUAACAAGUUGAAGGAAAUUGAUGAAUUGCUUGAAACCUUGGGGCUGGAUGCAUAAUCAAAGUCAUUGUUAUCAACUGUAACUUGUUUUGUUUGUUGAUUUUUAUUUUAUAAAACAUGUUGACAUUUUUAAUUUGAAAUAAACUAAUGUGGAUCAGUCAAGCUUUUCAUCUAAAUCCUAGCAGAUGUGGAUAAAUUGAUUCCAUCACCCUGUUUUAAGUAUUCUGCAAAGCAUUCCAGAAAAAGAGGGAUGCUCAUUAUGUAGUUUCCUUUAACUUUCAUUUGCUUGAAAUUUUCAGUGUACUGGUUAUAAACUGCAUGUAAUUCAAUGCAGUGAUGAUUCUUUUAAAUUUCUCAGCAUUGUACAAUUAAUAUCUUCGGUCAAGAGGAAUAUUCAAUACGAAUCAGCUUUGACCAGUGAGAUAAUGUUAAUGGCUGAGACUGUGAAGGCACGUUUUGGUGUGUAUAUUCACAGUUUUGUUGUUAGUUGGCAAAGCCAAUGAAAGUAGUGGGAGGCGGGGUGGGCGGGGACGCAACCCUGGUUGUGUUGACUGACUGAUCUGUACCUUUGCCCAAGGUCUAGGUUAAGUUGGAAGAUAACAGUGUGGUUGAGAGUUGGUGAAGCCAGCAAAUGUUAAAAAGAACCUGGUUGUGUUGACAGAAUGAAUCGUAGCUUACCCCAUUCGAAAAAAAUCACAACUGCUAUAACGUUAUAGUCACCACGUUGUUUGUGCUGUUUGUUGCAUGUUUCCUGCAUCACUGGUCAAAGUUGAUGGCUUUAUUCUGUAUAUCUAACACACAGCUACAGCUGUACAGAAUUGAAUGUUUGCUGUAACAACAACCAACUGAAUCGCAUCACAUAAGUGCGAAGUCUAAGAAGUUAGAAGAAAUAAUGGGAACAUUUUCAACAAAAACUUUUUCCAUAGCAGAUCACCACCUCCAAUAAUUUCUAUGUUGUGAUCAAAUUCUUCAUGAAAAAUUUCACCAAUCUUGAUUUUGACAUGUCUGAUGACGUACCUAGUAAUUCUCCCAUGUUAUUUUUCACCACCUGUACUUUUCACAAAUUGAAUAUUGUCACCUCAUUAUAAUUUCUGUGGCUUAUGUGAAGCUGUUACCGCGCACACCCCAAAACUUCAACGGACAAUAUAUUGUAACCUGUAUCCCAUUAAGUUUUACUGAUAUACAGCAAAACCAGUUUCCCCAACUCCUAUGCCAUUUUGUGUCUGUCAGUAGUAGACAUGUUGCUUUAAAUGGGCUGCUUGUUGGCGAGAUCAGCUAGAAAUACAUUAUUUUUGUUUGAAAAA